AUGCAUUGCUUGCAGACACGGGCUCGGUCUGGGGCCUGGCGAGCCCGAUGCACCCGAUGCACCCGAUGCAUGUGCCAUGCCACGGCUUCAGAAUCUGUCAACAUCCAGGCACCGAAUCUGCUGAGAGUGGUAAGGAGUUCGGCUGGAGGUGACCGACUCCGAGUUUACCCCAGCCUCGCCAUGGGAGAAGACAGGUCCGGAGGUGCCCAAGCACCUUGCAUCUUCGUACAUGCAGGCUCCAGCCCUUCUGAGAGACGCUGGCUUGGAGUGGGGGGAUCAUUCACUGAGGCGUCAGCUGUUACUUGGAAGAAGCUUUCGCCCAGAAUGCAGGAGGAGAUCAUCACUGCGUAUUUUCAUCCAACUCGUGGCCUUCGUUACAACUUGGGAAGGGUACCCAUUGGAUCCUGUGACUUCUCUUUGUACAACUGGAGUUGUGGGGAGAUCGCCGAAGGCGACUGGGACUUGAAGGGCUUCAGCAUCAAGCGGUAUGAGGAAGCCAUCCUGCCAAUGCUUCGGGCUGCGUCGAAACAUGUGAAGCUUGCCCUGAUGGCAAGUCCUUGGAGCCCACCUCCAUGGAUGAAAACCGUGAAGAGUUUCCACGGUGAAGGUCAUUUGCGAGCUGACUGCAGAGAGGUGUGGGCGAAGCACUUCGUGCGAUUUGUGGAGGUCCCAUUGGACUGCGAGAGUUCCCAAUCCCAAGAAGUUCAGAUUCAGACCUCGGGCUUCUUCUUGGUGGCUGGUGAUGCCCACGGUUGUAAGUAG